AUGGAAGGCGCAGGAAAAGUUGGGGGAAAGGUGGGAGGAAAGGUUGGCGGUAAGGUCGGUGGUAUGGGCAAGGGUGGUAAGGGCAAGGCCGGAAGCGGUAAGGGCAAGAAAGCUCCCCUUUCUCGUGCUGCUCGCGCUGGUCUGCAGUUUCCAGUAGGACGCGUUCAUAGAAUGCUGAAGAGCCGCAUCUCAUCAGAAGGUCGUGUUGGCUCCACAGCUGCCGUGUAUGCCUCUGCUAUCUUGGAAUACCUCACCGCAGAGGUCCUUGAGUUGGCUGGGAACGCAUCUAAGGAUCUGAAAGUCAAGAGAAUUACCCCUCGUCACCUACAGCUGGCGAUUCGAGGCGAUGAGGAGCUGGACACGCUGAUUAAGGCUACGAUUGCGGGUGGUGGUGUCAUCCCACACAUCCACAGGUCGCUGAUGACCAAAGGUCCCACCACGCAACCUUUGAAAAAGCCCAAGAAGCCAGAACUCGAGUAG